AUGUUGGCUACUCGUUCCAUCUUAAAGACUGUUGCUCAAAACCCUGUUGUUUUCAGAAACGCCGUUGCUACCUCUCCUGCUCUUGGUGUUAGACAUUUCAAUGCCUCUCACAAGGCUCAAGAACAAUGCGCCGCUGCUGAAUCCGAGCUCUUGCGUCAACAACGUAAACUUCGUCCUGUUUCUCCUCAUCUCCAAAUCUACCAACCUCAAAUUACCUGGUAUUUGUCUGGUCUUCACAGAAUCACUGGCGCUGCUCUCGGUGGUGCCUUCUACUUGGGUGCCCUUGCCUACGUUGCCGCUCCUGCUCUUGGUGUUACAAUUGAUACUGCCAGCAUUAUCUCUGCUGCUACUGCUGCUCCUUUUGCUCUCAAGUUUGCUGCAAAGACCACUGUUGCCUUUCCCUUUGUUUUCCACUGUCUCAAUGGUGUCAGACAUUUGGUUUGGGAUACCACCAAGAUGAUUGAUAUCAAGAGUGUUUAUACAACUGGUUAUGCUGUUAUGGGUGCUACUGCUGUUGGUACCUUGUACUUGGCUGCUAUGUAA